UUUUGAAUUUUGUAGCAUUAAUUUAUCUCUGCACACAUCUCUUCAUGCUACAUACACAUGUAUAUUUCUAACCACAUCUACUUAUAUAUACUUCACUGUGACUGUAUAAUUUGGCUGUGAUUGAAUAAUUUGAUUUAUGCUUGUAUCGCGAUUGUGUUACCUACAACCGGUUUAUUUGAUUUUAAUGAUUCAUUACCAAUAUGAUAUCCAGAAAAAUUGGAGCCAUAACCUAAAAUUAAGCAUGUGCAAAGAAUCGUAAAUAGUGAAAUAUGCAGAUUAAAAAACCUAUUACAAUGUAUAAUGUCUAUGAACAGUUAACCAUUAAAGAUAUAGCAAAUUGGGUCGCUUCUGGAGCAAUAAUAUUUGGUGGUAUUAUUCCAUAUGUACCACAAUAUAAAGAAAUUAAAAAAAGAAAUAGCGCUGAAGGAUUUUCUCUUUAUGUAUGCUUUACACUUUUAAUAGCUAAUACAUUACGUAUUUUUUUUUGGUUUGGAAAACAUUAUGAAAUUCCUCUUUUAUUACAAAGUAUAUGUAUGAUUGUUACUAUGUUUAUAAUGAUUAAACUAUGUAUAAAUGUACAAAGCAGAAAUCAAGUAAUAAAAGCUAGAGAACGUGUAUUCUCAGGUAUAUCUAAUUGUAGGGGAAAAACUAUUAACAUAUACAGUAAUGUAUCCUUAAUUCAUAACACUUACACAGAUUUUGAUGCAAAUUUUUUUUGGAAGUGGACAGAUUUUCAAUCUUAUGUAGACUUCAUGCUGUUGUUUGCGACAUUAAUAGGAGUUCUAACAUAUCUACUAGUGGAUAUACCAAUAUUUGUUGAAACUAUAGGAUUACUUGCAGUAUUAACAGAGGCCAUGCUUGGAAUACCACAAUUUUUUCGUAACUUUUUUAAUAAAUCAACUAAUGGAAUGAGUAUUGUUAUGGUUGCAAUGUGGACAUUAGGUGAUGCAUUUAAAACAUGUUAUUUUGUUAUAAGAGAAGCUCCAAUUCAAUUUGAAGUUUGUGGUACUCUUCAAGUUAUAAUUGACAUUGCAAUUUUAACACAGGUAUAUAUCUAUCAAAGCAUAACAACAGCACAUAUUAGAGUUCCAGUGCGAGUUGAUUAA